ACCCUCUCUCUCUCUCUCUCUCUCUCUCUCUCUCUCUCUCUCUCUUCUUCUCCUUUAGUGGCUUUGAGCCUUGCGAUAGCAACAUAAUAAAGAUCAGAUACCACUAUCUUGUCCCUUCUCAUUGCUAUCACUGGUGCAAGAAAACAAACAACAAGGCGGUGGUCUUCUUCACCAUGUUCUUAUCAUCAUCAGCAGCAGCAGCAGCCUCCAAUUCCACCUCCAUCUCCGAAGAAGCUAGUGUUUCCUCCGAGACAAGAUUUCAUGUCGGCUUCAGCUCUUCGCUUGCACCCUCAUCCCCUCACCACCAACCACAGCAGCCACCACCUAAGACCAGGAAGAAGAGAAGCCAACCGGGGAACCCAGACCCCGAUGCCGAGGUUGUAGCCUUGUCACCCAACACGCUGAUGGCCACCAACAGAUUUAUCUGCGAGAUAUGUAACAAGGGUUUCCAGAGAGACCAGAACCUGCAGCUCCACAGGAGGGGCCACAAUCUGCCAUGGAAGCUGAGGCAGAGAAGCAGCAAGGAAGUGGCAAGGAAGAGGGUGUACGUUUGCCCGGAGCCAUCUUGCGUGCACCACCAUCCUUCCAGGGCGCUCGGUGACCUGACAGGGAUCAAGAAGCACUUCUCCAGGAAGCAUGGAGAGAAGAGGUGGAAGUGUGACAAGUGCUCCAAACGAUACGCCGUGCACUCAGACUGGAAAGCCCAUGUGAAGACCUGCGGAACCAAGGAAUAUAGAUGUGAUUGUGGCACCCUUUUCUCCAGGAAAGACAGCUUCAUCACCCACAGAGCCUUCUGCGAUGCCUUGGCAGAAGAAAGCGCAAGACUCAUGUCCGCCGCUGUCACCACGUCACCUCCGCUCCACCAACCCCUCUUCCUCCCAUUCUCCUCCUGGCACCCGACGACGAGUUCUAACCCUAACUUGAUCCUUAACCCUAGCCAUGACCCUGACAUCGGAGCAUUGCAAAUCAAACCAGCUGAGAACGAUCUCCCUUCCCUCGUUCACCACCUUCCCACCGGAACCAGCACCUCGGCCCACCUCUCAGCCACUGCACUUCUCCAGAGGGCCUCCACCAUGGGCGCUAUGAGCUUCACCAACACCGUCAGCGGCCAAGGUUACGAUGGCAUGAUGGUCGGCGACGUCGCUGCCUUUCCAAUGUGGCAGAACGGCCAUCGCUUGACGAGGGACUUCCUCGGUGUGGCGGCCGGCGAGGCUGGGGACGAAGACGACGACCUACUCCUGGAUCUGGUGGCCGCCUCCUCCUGUGCUCCCAUGGGUGACCCAACCAAGCAGCUCUCCGGGUUCCCUCCGGUGACCGGGCCGUGGGAUUGAUCGCUGGUACAGGACGUCGGUUGUAAUGUUCUUUCAUGUUCUUGCGUUGCCCUGCUGGUGUUAUUUCAUCUUGCUUUUUGCGUAGCACAUUGACCUAAAUUGCAAGCACGCGGACACGGUGAGCAUCCACGACAUAAGCUACUGUGUGUGAGAGCAAAAGGAGAGCACUUUUCUGACAUGGCUUAGUAGCAAAUAGAACCUGUGUCUGUGCUCAGAUUGCUGAAACGAAAGAGGUGUUGAGAGAGAA